AUGCCUCUCAGAUCGAACGAGUCCUCUUCAAGGGACACCCUCGAUACUGUUGCAACCUCGGAGGAACGGCGUCGGACCGGAAGAUACGUCGCCGGUGGAGCUGUGCUGGCAAUCAUGCUACUCGCUGUGCAUCAUGCACUCUUACGGGAAGCGUCCACCAUAGCUGGUGUCAGCAUACCGGCCAUAAUAAUGGUGUGCUACAUUAUCUGGAUCCUGUAUUCUGCCCACAGGGACAGACGAAAGGCGUUGCGAUUCGCCACAGCGAUGCAACUGACAGAAGUAAUCAGCGUACCAGCCACUUCCAACGAGAUGAUCUGCAGAAACGGGACGAGCAAGAACGAGAUACGAAAGGCGGAUUCGUCGAAGCUGGCUUACGAUACGCGAGCAUCCCGCGAGAAUCCUGCGUUCUCAUCCAAGGACGAAGCUGCGUGAAAGGAGCCACGGAGAACUCGCAUUCUUCGACCGGACUUUCCUUGGUUUUUCACGACGAAUAACGAAUUCUUCGAUAAAUACCUUCCUUCAGCCGCGAAUUCUUCGUCUCAUCUCUUCAGCGAUCACUCGAGCGACGGUUUCUUGCCGGGUGGUUAUUACGUUUUACUGCUAAUAGCAAUAAAUACGUAAGUUCGCAUCGGUAGCGUUGAACGAGUCCCAUUCGAGCGGACAAGUUUCGCAAGAUAGAAUUAUUUGUUUGGUCCGCCGGUGGGAUUAUUUAGCUGCGUGACGCAACGUUUUCGUUGGCGGUAGCGGCGUGUGCACGCCGCCCUUCUUUCGCAAAUAAAUCUAUGCAGUGGCGGAGAUAAAUUUCGAAAAGCGUCGCGAUCGCUUGGGAAAUUUAUUCCGAGCAAUCGCCACGACAAAUCGUUGCGGCUAUUUUGCGGACGAAGCUUCGAGCGUGGAUCGAUUUCGGGCACCUUUCCCUUGGAGAUCUACGGUCGACUUGGAUCCGUUUAUUUCACGAACCACUGUGAUUUUUUAUCCUUAUGGGUGAGAUGCCGUCCAUGCAGAUUGGUUAGAAGGUCCAUGUGUCGGAUUACGAGAUAGAAACCGUGGAAAGGCCAUAUUUCCAUGGUUACUUAAACUCCGAGCUGCUCGUAAAUUACGAUUAUGAAGAGUGACGCGGAAUAAUAGUCGAAAAAUACGAGCUGCGUUUAAUACGACUUAACGCAAGCUUCCUUAUCCUAUCGUUUUUGCUCAUUCUGCUCGAGCGACGGAGCAAAUCGGAAAGCGACGAAUAAAACGACGAAGCAUUGUUUUUAAUAAAAAUUCAAUAAAAUCCAACAAGCGUCUAUUUUGUCUAAGAAUGAAACCGACGAAUUAUAACUUUUUCUUGCUGGAUCGCGUAAAAUAUUUUGAUAUAUGUAAAAAACCUUACAUGAAUAUAUAUUGUGUGCCGUAUGAAACAUUUGAAAAUUUUAUUAGCGCUGUAACGAGACACAGCUAUUUUGACUGCACUCGUGC